AGUUCAAGAGAAGCAAGAGGGUCGCAAGGAAAGUCAGAAGAGCAAAGAGAGCAAGGAAAAGACGAAACGGGUGGAUGUUUGGUCGGAAGAUUGUAAUCAGGCCACAGAUGGUUCCAGUUUACUACAUACCACCCGUGAGGAAAGGCGAACCAGAGAUCGUCACUGGCCGUGACAAGAAUGGUUAUGAAUAUACAAUCAAAUGUAAUUACAAAAGUUCAAUGCCACGUCCUCCACCUCCACAGAAGCCCUUUGUUGAACAUCACGACCCAUCCUAUAAUGAUGUGUUCAAAUUUUUUGGUGAUAUCGCAGAUUAUAAUAUUAAUGAAGUCGUGUUUACUUUGAGUAAUGAACCUGGUUCGAUCCCCAUUGAUGAUAAGCUAUCAUUUAUACCGCCAACACAUCUGCAAGGUUGGGAAAGAGCGGUCACCUAUGAUUAUGUCAGUUCUCCUCAGGGGAUCUCUGUUCGCGUGGCAUAAUUGUUUGUGGUUUCUGAUGAUGGGAGAUUGGGUUCAUGGCAGCCAAGCCGUGUGUUUUGAGUGGUUUUCUAUGGAUAGGUUUGGGGUUUUGACCAGAUGCAUGUAGGGAUUGUAGGGUGGAGUUGGUAUGCAUAACAUCAGUAUCCUAACAUCUGUUUUGUGAAACGUUGAUAAUUUAGUGGAGUGGAACAUAAAACACUUUUUUUCACGAGCUACACUUUCUUGUAA